AAAGACAGUUAUCAAAACAACUGUUUCAGUAAAGUAGUCUUUGGGCUCAUCUCCACCUGAUACUUCCACUACCAAGAGAAAGUUGUUGACACCCCCACAGAUAAGCUUCUCGUCGCUCGCUCACAGCGAAGAGUAGUCACACAAUGGCGUCUGUUACUUCUUCAACCACUCUCAUCUCCUCCUCCACGAGGGCUUUCCCAGCCAAGUCUUCUUCUUCGCUUCCUUCUCCUUCCCUCUCUUUCCUUCGAACCAUAUCCUCUCCUUCCUCAUCCGCUUCUCUCCGCUCCGCGUUUGCUCAACGCUCUUCCCUCAGCUCCAGCUCUCGCCGUAGCUUCGCUGUCAAGGCUCAGACCGAUGAUCUUCCAUUGGUUGGAAACAAGGCCCCUGAUUUUGAGGCAGAGGCUGUGUUUGAUCAGGAGUUCAUCAAGGUUAAGCUCUCUGAGUACAUUGGGAAGAAGUAUGUGAUUCUCUUUUUCUACCCUUUGGACUUCACUUUCGUCUGCCCAACAGAGAUUACUGCCUUCAGUGACCGGUACGCAGAGUUUGAGAAGCUGAACACAGAAGUGUUAGGUGUCUCAGUCGAUAGUGUGUUCUCCCACCUUGCGUGGGUCCAGACAGAUAGAAAGUCAGGAGGGCUCGGUGAUCUGAACUAUCUUAUCUCAGAUGUAACCAAAUCAAUCUCAAAGUCCUUUGGAGUGCUCAUCCAUGAUCAGGGAAUAGCACUGAGGGGGCUUUUCAUCAUCGACAAGGAAGGAGUGAUCCAACAUUCCACCAUCAACAAUCUUGGUAUUGGACGAAGUGUUGAUGAGACAAUGAGAACUCUCCAGGCCUUACAGUACAUCCAGGAGAACCCUGAUGAGGUCUGCCCUGCAGGAUGGAAACCAGGUGAGAAGUCGAUGAAACCUGACCCAAAGCUCAGCAAAGAGUACUUCUCAGCUAUUUAGAAUAGCUUUUAAGGUACCAAAACCUUUGUUGUAUGUGAGUGCAUGAGUGUUUUUGUUUUAUUUUCUUUUACGCUGAACAAUCCUUUGUCUGAAUCUCACUUUUGUCUCCCAAAUCCAGAAAACUUAUAUUUUCCAUUAACAAAGUUUCAUGAUUUCCA